CACCGGCUACUCUUGCUCGCUUCUUAUCUGUCCACCGCGCGUUCUCUCGUCGUCCGCAGAAGAAGGAUAGCGUGAUAGUUGUGUAUGCGUAUUAUACACAGAGAAACGCGUGGCGCUGAAAUUUUUCUGGCCGAGCAGCGCAGUGUGCAUUGAACGCGCAGUCCACAGCGACAGCCGCGAGUAAGUACUUACACAUCAGCGCCUGGCACAUGUGCAGCCCACCGACGUCGACGUCAGCUGCAGCUUCAGAGCACGACCGUAACCUCUAGGAACGUCCUGUGCCAUGAGCGUAGUAAAUUUCAUCGUCGUCCCGACGAAAAACGCCAUCAACGAGGCAUUCAAAGGCAGAGAGCCAUGGGAAAUCGUCGGUAUGACGUCCACGUCCGUCCUCGCGGCCGUCUGGCUCUACAAUUUCGUCCACGACGACGACGAGAUGCUGCAGCGCAUGGAAAAAUGAAAAUUCUCGUUCAAGAUUUUUCGCAACUAUUAUUUCUCGGGCUCGAAAGGACAAAGGAUAAUUCUCCCACAGAGAAAAUGGAAGCACUGCAUCAUAUCUCCGUAGCGGACAGGUGUACGGCAGAAGAGAGAAAAAUUACCUGCGCUUUUUUUACGACUCUUAAUUAUUUCCCAAAGAUUAAUGAGAAGCACGUGUCGGACCUUUGAGAAAAACGCGCUUAAUGGUGCGUCACUUGCUCGUCGAACCUUUCUUCCCCAUCUCAGUAUAGAAUGGGAGAUACUCUCGCAUCGAUACAAUGCACCAAUACACCUACACGACGUAUAUAUGAACGAGUGAGGAAGAUGGCCAUGCGACUACUGCGCUGCUGUCCCAAGAUCCGCGACAAAAUUGAUGGCGAAUUGAAAAAGCUGAACGAGGAGUUCGAGCGCGAGACGAUUAAUAGAACGAAGGGAGUACCCUACGUGACGAGUCUACCUGCUCAGGGUAUCGAUCGCGAGCAGAUCAUCAAACUCGUCGAACGUUCCGUUUAUUUAGGUAAUUACGACUGGAAGAACGGCCGAGUGUCGGGCUGCGUGUACCGCAACGCCGAGUCGGGACUAAAGGACCUCGUGAAGGAGGUGUACAGUCUGGCCUCGCUGACCAAUCCCCUUCACCCGGACGUCUUCCCCGGCGUCUGCAAGAUGGAGGCUGAGGUGGUCAGGAUAGCCUGCCGGUUGUUCGGCGGCGACGACAACUCCUGCGGCACCAUGACUACUGGAGGCACGGAGUCGAUCCUGCUGGCCUGCAAAGCCUUCCGCGACUACGCACGCGAGUACAAGGGCAUAAAGAAACCCGAGAUGGUGGUCCCGGUGACGGCUCACUCGGCCUUCGACAAAGCCGCCCAGUUCCUCAAGAUUCGGAUGCGCUUAGUGCCCGUCAACCCCGACAGUCUGACCGUCAGCAUCGAGGGUAUGAAGCGGGCGAUCAACAGGAAUACGGUGCUGCUGGUCUGCUCGGCGCCAAACUUUCCCUACGGAACGAUGGACAACAUCGAGCGCAUCUCGCGACUGGGUCUGGAGCACGACAUCCCGGUACACGUGGACGCCUGUCUAGGCGGUUUCCUGGUCUGCUUCAUGCGCCAGGCCGGUUACACGCUGCCGGACUUUGACUUCCGACUGUCGGGCGUCAGCAGCAUCAGCGCCGACACUCACAAGUACGGCUACGCGCCCAAGGGGUCCUCGGUCAUCCUUUACCGGCACAAGAAGUACCGUCAUCACCAGUUCACCAUCAGCACGGAUUGGCCUGGCGGUAUUUACGGAUCGCCGACAGUCAAUGGAUCGAGGGCCGGCGGAAUUAUCGCCGCUUGCUGGGCCACCAUGAUGUACUUUGGAAUGGAGGGUUAUGUCAAGGCCACGAAGGAUAUAAUCGAUACCACGCAGUACAUCGAAAGAGAACUCCGGGGAAUGAACAACAUCUACGUGUUCGGGACGCCAAUGACCUCGGUGAUAGCCGUGGGCUCGCACGACUUCGAAAUCUAUCGGCUGUCCCAGGCGCUCAACGCUCGAGGCUGGAACCUCAACACGCUGCAGUUCCCCAGUGCCAUCCACAUCUGCGUGACCCACGUUCACACCGAGCCUGGAGUGGCCCAGCAGUUCGUCGACGACGUCAGGUUCGAGCUCGAGAAGAUCAUGCAGACACCCAAGGAGGAAGCCGAGGGCAUUUACGCCCUCUACGGUUCGGCCCAGACCAUACCUGAUCGCAGCGUUGUGGGCGACAUCACCAAGAGCUUCAUUGACUCGAUGUACUACACGCCUCCGUACGGUACCGAGACUCUGGAUGUUCAGCUCGACGCCCGCCACCAGAACUCUGAUUCCAAGGCCUCGCGAGACUGACGGAGCUGACACAACCGAGAGAAUUCUUAUUUCGUUUAUUUUUUCUGCCGUCUACUUUUGCACUACUUUUUUGUUCGAGAUUCUUAAUAAAGGAGAAGUUUUUAAGAAAAGCUA